GGAGGAGGAGGAGGAGGAGGAGGAAGGCGCCUCUCCGAAGCCCGGGGAGCUGCACCUCCCCCGUGGGAGGAGGCGGGCGGAGGGCUGAGGGAUGCGGGAUGAGGACGGAGGAUGCGGGGCGGCGUCGCCCGAGGCGCUUUAAAGGCUCGCCGGCGGCGGGGGCGGCGCGGCGGCGGCGGCAUGAGCGAGGUGAAGGUGGCCGUGCUGGGCGGCAGCGGCGCCGGCAAGUCGGCGCUGGCCGUGCGGUUCCUGACGCGGCGGUUCAUCGGAGAGUACGCGUCCAGCGCCGAAUGCAUCUACACUAAACACUUGUGCCUGGAUGGGAGGCAGAUACACCUGGAAAUUUAUGACCCUUGUUCACAGCCCCAGCAGGGGAAGCUGUCCCUGGCAGAUGAGCUCCACUGGGCUGAUGGCUUUAUCAUCGUCUAUGACAUCAGUGACAGAGCAUCGUUUGCCUUUGCCAAAGCCCUGCUCUACAGGAUCCGAGAGUCCCACGUAGGAGUUUGUAAAAAGAUGGUCGAGUCAUCAAUAUUUUUGGUCGGCAAUAAACAGGAUUUGUGCCACAUGAGGGAGGUUGGCUGGGAUGAAGGACAGAAGCUGGCAAUAGAUAACAAGUGCCAGUUCUGUGAACUGUCUGCAGCGGAGCACUAUCAGGAAGUUGUGGCAAUGUUCACCAAGGUGCUGAGGAACAUCACUGCCAAUUUCAAAGUGAAGGAGAAGAGACGACCAAGCGGUUCCAAGUCAAUGGCCAAGCUAAUCAACAAUGUGUUUGGGAAGAGGAGGAAAUCUGUGUAAGAGAUGGUUAGUCCUGAAGUUGGAACAAGCUGAAAUAAUGGAGCUGAGCUCUUGGGAUUCACUGAAUUUCCUCCAAAGGUCAAUAUGUGGAGGAGUGAGACAGUAGAAACCAAAGGUGGGAGACAGUAUGGUCUAGACCUAGAAGACCUGACCUUCUGUUUCAGCUCUGCUGCAGAUUUACUGUUUAGGGCAGUGCCAUUUAAACUGUAAGCUGCUCCAGAGGAGAGGUUUAGUCUCUAUUUAUUCAACACCAGCAUGGUCUUGGAUAGAGCUUCUAGGUGCAACUGAGGUAUAAACAGUUAUUUCACAGAUUAACUUAAUUGGAAAAGACCCUUAAGUCAUCAAAUCCAGCCAUUAACCAAACAAUACAAAGUCUACCACUAAACCAUGUCCCUAAGUGCCACUCAUUUAAUAUCCAGUAAACUCAGCCUUGCUGAUCAAAAUCUUACUUCAGAAUUCUGAGUAAUUUUGAAUUUUGUGUGCAAGAAAAUUUGCACUAAAGAAAAGCAAAAUACUGCAGCUGCAUGUGGUGAUGUAUUUGUAUUUAACUCAGGUCCCUGUGUGCCUUACACUUGCUGAAAUUAAUAGGAAUUAAAUGCUUAGACACCAAGUCUACAAAAGGUAUUUACCUGCAAAGCUGCCUUGCAGAGGCACCAGAAGUAGGGAAGCAGAUGCAUAAAGCUGUAUUGUCUCCUGUUUCAGUAUCCUUUUUUGUUAGUCCGUGAGUGAUGAGAGAAAGUGGAGAGGGUUGAGGAGUGUGGGAGCUGAAAUGUUAGUCAGUGAGCACUGGAGUGUUUUGUAAGGUCGUUGUUGAGUGAAAUAAUUUUACAGCAAGGGCCCGCGUAAAGCCUGGGUUGAUCCCUUCCACAGAGCAGCUUUUGUCAGCUUUAACAAAAGUUUCACUAGCUGAAGGUGGCUGUGACUGCUCAGCCUCAGAUGGCAGCAGAAGCUUGGAGGGCUCAUGGGCUGGUAAAGAGCACAAGUUCUUUAGGAUGUCUGCCUGGAUUUAAAGGUCAGCCUGCUGGUGAGACCUGUGCUCACAAGAGAGUGUUUUUCCUAAUAACCAAUGUCCUUACAGCUGCUCAUGGCUGUGGAAUUGAAAUACCACAGGGAGAGCACUGAGUACUCUUAGCUGCACUUUUCAGAUGUGGAUAUUAAACAUCAGCUGGGUUUAAAUAUGUUGUCAGUUGACAUUCAGAGCUCUUCCUCUAGACAGCUAAAUAAGGGCUUAGCCCAGCGAGUUUGCAAGUGCUGUGCUCAUACAGAAAUUAUGAAAGGGAAGUGAUCUGAAGAUGAAUUGCUGCCUCCUACCCACUCCAGGGGACAGCUGGGAUUCAGUCUUUGUGGGAUGCUGAGUUGAAGCCUACCUCUGCUCUGAAAGGUUACCUGCAUUGAAACUAAAAAGUUUCAGGUUUUUUUUUUUUUUUUUACUUUCAGUUUUUGAGUGUUCACCCAUAAGACAACGUAAAAAGGUUACAUAUAAUCUUAGCAGUAAGACUGUAAAAUAGUACCAAAGCAUAUUUUAUUGUGUUGACCAAAGAUUACAUUUUUUAAGCAAAAAUACUGUUUAUUUCACUUGUUACAAGACUAAAAAUAUUGGAACGUAGUUCUCAAUUGACAGGCACAGGGUUGCUGUGUUUUCCUUCAGAUACUGCUCUGCCUCAUCAGGAGCAUUGCAUUUUAAGAGUAUGGUCAAUAUCUCUGAGACUGAAUGUGCAGAUUAUUCAUGUACACCCCUCAGCUUCCCAGCCCACACAGCAUUCCAGAACUACCAACAGCCAGUUGUAGCUUUGCCUUGCUCUAGCAAUGCCAGAUUCCACAUCUCUUAUUUGUAUUUACUGCUGUGGUAUUAAAUAAACUGGAUUUAAGAUGGAUGU